AUGAAAAUAACGGAUAAAAUAAAUGCUCGUAAAUCAACAGAUCCUUUCUUUUCUUUCGAAUAUUUUCCUCCAAAAACAGAUGAUGGUCUAUCAAACCUUUAUGACAGACUUAAGCGCAUGUCUUUUUUGGAUCCUUUGUUCGUAUCUUUCACAUGGGGUGCUGGAGGUAGUACAGCAGAGAGGACGACGGAAAUGUGUACCACGGCUCAAGGCCUUUAUGGCUUAGAAACUUGCAUGCAUUUGACAUGCACCAAUGUUGGUGAUGAGAUCGUAGAAGAAGCAUUGAAAGAGGCUAAAAACUCGGGUAUACAAAAUAUAUUAGCUCUUCGUGGCGAUCCACCACGCGGUCAAGAACAUUGGACACCGAGUAAUGAAAAUUUUUUACAUGCAAUCGACUUGGUAAGAUUCAUUAGAAAAAAGUACGGUGAUUGGUUUUGCAUUGGAGUUGCAGGUUAUCCUGAAGGCCAUCCUGAUUCUGAUAAUAAAGCUCAAGAUUUACGAUAUCUCAAAGAAAAAGUUGAUGCUGGUGCUGAUUUUAUUAUCACACAAUUAUUUUACGAUAUGGAUUUGUUUGUAGAGUGGGAAAAAGAAUGUCGUAAAAUUGGCAUUACUGUGCCUAUUAUUCCUGGUAUUAUGCCAAUACAGGGUUAUAACAGCUUUCGGAGAGUUACAAAUCUUUGUAAAAUAAAUAUACCAGCAAACAUAUCGAAAGAUUUGGAACAAAUUAAGCACGAUGAUCAAGCUGUAAAAGAUUAUGGCGUGUCACUCGCAAUAACAAUGAUCACUACAUUAUAUGAGCAACAUAACGUUAAAGGGUUCCAUUUUUGUACAUUAAAUUUGGAAAAAUCCGUACGGUUGAUAUUGGAAAAAAUGAGAUUUGUACCAACAGAAGAAGAAAGAAAUUUGAGACGUUCUAGUAAACGAAGGCCAAGCAUUGGAUUUGUCACUAAUGACAUUAUUAGACAGGAACCUGAUGGAUCAUUACCUGCCGCGAAACCUAUUAUAUGGAAAGAACAGAGUGAAGACUAUUGGGGGCGAUCGGACGAUUGGGAUAAUUUUCCAAAUGGCCGUUGGGGCAAUUCAAAAUCACCUGCAUUCGGGGAGUUAGAUGUUUACGGAGUGUCUCUGAGGAUUUCAAAAGACCAAGCUCUGGAGUAUUGGCGAGAACCUAAAACUACAGCUGAUAUUAUUCAGAUUUUCAAGUCAUAUAUUUUAUGUAAAAUACCUGUAUUUCCUUGGUCUGAGGAACCUUUGUCAGAAGAAACAGAAGCAAUUCGUCCAAAUCUUAUUAGACUUAAUGAAUUGGGUUAUUUAACAAUAAGUUCACAACCAGCUGUUAAUGGAGUUAGAAGCGACGAUGUAAACUUUGGUUGGGGUCCAAAGGGUGGAUAUAUAUAUCAAAAAUUUUUCGUUGAAUUUUUUGUAAGCUCAGAAAUGUUUGAUAAAUUAAUCAAAGUAAUCGAUGAUAAUGGUUGGGUUACAUAUUAUGCCGCAAAGAGGAAUGAUGAGUUCAAAAAAAAUAUGAGUGAAGUAACGUCCGCUGCUGUCACGUGGGGCGUAUUUCCUGGUAAGGAAAUUGUUCAACCAACCAUCAUUGAAGAAGUGUCAUUCAAGGCUUGGAAAGAAGUGGCUUUUGAAUUAUGGUCUGAAUGGGAACAUCUAUAUCCAAAAGAUUCGAUAACACAAAAAUUAUUAAAAGAUAUAGGUGAUAAUUGGUGGUUGGUUAAUCUUGUGUAUAAUGACUAUGUAAAUCCAGAAGGUGUUUGGAACAUUUUUUUUGGAAAUGAAUAA